AUGGCGUCGACUACAUUACCCAUGCCGUCCUCGGAACUGUUGCAGUCCAUCGUCCUGCACGCGCUCGAUGCCGAAUCGCCGCUCUCGGACAGUCGGGUCUUGCCGCUCUCGUUACCCGCUGGGGUCGACGGUGCCGAGGCCUUGGUCGGCUACAACGCUCGACCCGUCGGCGAUGGCGUCGAGGAGCAGAAUGCGCUCAAGGCUGCGCUCGACUCGUUGGUCGCCAAGGAGGUCAGUUGAGUUCGAACGGCGGAGAGCGGGCGAGCGAGCGUGCGAACACAACCACACAACCUCGAAGCGAUUCCUGCGAUUGGAACACGAACCAACUGACCCCCGCCCCCGCCUCAAACGGCAUUCGUGCUCCCCAGAUGAUCACCUGCCACCAACUCUCGUCGGAUGUGCACUUCCUGAGCCUGGAAGGAGCCUCGAUCGCCGACGCGGGCUCGCACGAAUACCUCGUCUGGUCCUCGCUCGACUCCAACACCCCGCUCUCGGCCAAGGAGAUCGAAGCGCGCGUCGGCAAGGACGUCGCCAAGGUCGGUCAGGGCAGGGCCAUGAAGAACAAAUGGGUCAAGAAACAGGGCGACGGAUUCGUCAAAGCGGUCAGUGAAUUGGGGCGCGAGCGAGCGAGCUUGGCGACCGUUCUGGGCUCGGCUUGGCGGUGGGGAUCAUCAUGAGAGUAGCGACGACCGACCCCCGUGGGCUGUCCGUUGACUCGUUCCUUUCUCUCCCUCCCGGGUUGUCGGGAAAACUGCAGGCCGAGACGGUGCACGAUGCGACAAGGGAACAGAUGAUUCAGAUCAGGACGACCGGCACCUUGCCCGACGAGAAGGAGCUUGCCGAUUUGAGGAAACGGAAACUGAUUGAGAAAAAGUCAGUUCCAGCAAAGGUCUCUUGUUCCUCGCUUCAGCCCUGCAUAGACUCACUCAUCCUCCACCGUCAUGACGCAGGAAAACGUUCUACUUCUCCCUCGACAAGGGCGUAAAGUUUGCGACCACGAUCGAAAAGCUCGAGACCGACUUGACCGUCGAACUGCUCAAUUCGUACGUUGAGAUCUUAUUUGGUGGGCUUCGCCGCUGGCUAAUCGACGAUGGGACGUCAUAUAAAACUGCAGCGGCGCGUGGGAAAAGUCCAACUUCAAAAAGUACAAUUUCGAAGCCGAAGGCGCACCGACGAACGGAGGCGCACUCCACCCGUUGAUGAAGGUCCGAGAGGAGUUCCGAAACAUCUUUUUCGAGAUGGGGUGCGUUCAGUCGCAUAAUCAGGCUUUGAGACCUAUGGGAAAGCUGAUCCUGUGACUUUGGUGUCAGUUUCACCGAGAUGCCGACGAACCGGUUCGUCGAAUCUGGUUUCUGGAACUUUGAUGCGCUCUACGUGCCUCAGCAACACCCUGCUCGUGAAGUCCAGGACACGUUCUACCUCAAAGGUGAGCAGAGAUCGAGGAGAAGUCCUCCGAACGUCGGAUCCCAAGAGCAGGGUGCACGAGCUCAACUCGUCUUCUCCGUUUGUCCUGCAGACCCCGUUGCCUCGUCCGGUUUCCCUCAGGACUACUACGAACGCGUCAAGAAGACGCACGAGGUUGGAGGUUACGGAUCGACAGGGUACUGCUGCCCCUUUUCGAAGGAAGAGACUUCUCGCCUCGUCCUACGUACACAUACCACUUCGGUCUCGGCGGCGAUGUUGUACAAGAUCGCGAACCAGCCGGCAGGGUUCAAGCCUUCGAAGCUCUUCUCGAUCGACCGCGUAUUCAGAAAUGAAACCGUCGACGCGACACAUUUGGCCGAGUUCCACCAGGUUGAAGGUGUCAUCGCCGACUACAACCUUACGCUCGCCGAUCUCAUUGGUGAGUUGGCGCGAACGCGGUAUCGGAUUCUCACGGAUCGUGUACUGACCCUUUCCGACGCCCCGCCCUCUGCACAGGUUUCAUGGAAGUCUUCUUCAAAAAGAUGGGCGUCACGAACCUGCGCUUCAAGCCGGCUUACAACCCUUACACCGAACCUUCGCUCGAGAUCUUCUCGUGGCACCAAGGUCUCAACAAAUGGGUCGAGAUCGGUAAUUCGGGCAUGUUCCGGCCUGAAAUGUUGGAACCGAUGGGCUUACCCGCCGACGUCAGAGUUCACGGAUGGGGUUUGAGCUUGGAGCGCCCGACGAUGAUCAGGUAUGGGAUCAGCAACAUUAGGGAUUUGUUGGGGCACAAGGUGCCUUUGGAGAUGAUUGAGAAGAGUGCAGCGGUCCGGUUCUCCACUGCGCAUGAGUAG